GUAGAGGGAGGAAGGGAUGGGGGGACGGAGGGGGGGGGCCCUGCCCAGCUGAUGUCAGAUUUUCAAAUGCGCAGGGUCCCCUGCAGCCAGUACAGACUACACUGCAGGGGCUGUCACAGGUCCAGACCACCCCAUUUGAGGGGGGAUUCUGCCUGGGCCUCAGCUCCCUCCAGCUCCUUUGGGGAGGGCUCUAGCCCAGACUCAGGAUGCCUGCAAUGGGGGAAGUGCAAGCAGUGAGACAGUAACAGUGGGGGUGUGCACAGGGGCUGCAAGGCAGCAGGCAGACUCCCCCACUGCCCAGGCAGUUGGUAUGCUCCAGGAUCUGAGCAGCUCCUUCUAGCAUCCUUCAUCCUUCAGGUACCAGCUGUCUGGGCAGUGCUUGAGCUGCAGAAACUGGGCCUACCCCUUGACAGACCACUGACCUGACCCUCCCCAGUGGCCUUCUCUGUAUUAGCUACUUCUGCUGCUGCAUCGAUACUUUCAGCUGCAACUCCCUGCAAGGUGGGGCACCCAUCUCAGGCAAAGGUUUUGGUGGACCCCACCGACCCUACUCCCCAGGGCUGCUACUACCUGCGGCCUCAGGUGAGUCGGGAGCAUCUUGCUUUCUCUGGGGCUCAAAGGGGCAGGAGGGGGUUUUGAGCCCUCCCAUCAGGGCGGGGCUCUUUCUGGUUGAAGCUUUCAAAGCUGGGAACCCACACGGCUUGACAGGCUGAAACACCUUAAAUCAUUUGUACAAUGAUCUGCGGCCCAGUCCAUGUUGGAGUUUACGGAGCAUCUCAUCCCACCCUCUCCACUUCCUCAGCCCAGGAAGACAGGGAUGGGAAAAGCCCUGGAGGAUGGGGACAGGAAAGGAACAAAAUAUUGGGGUGCAUGAUCCCAACCUUGUAAAUGUUGGUGAGGAGCACAGAGGGGCACCUACUGUUGAGAUUGUGCAGAGCCCCUUAUCCUGCUGAGCUGAACCUCUCUUUUCUCUAGGAUGAAAGGGGAGACCCCUGUAAACAGCACUAUGAGUAUUGGCCAAGCCCGCAAGAUGGUGGAGCAGCUUAAGAUUGAGGCCAGCUUGUGCCGGAUAAAGGUGUCCAAGGCAGCAGCAGACCUGAUGACUUACUGUGAUGCCCACGCCUGUGAGGAUCCCCUCAUCACCCCUGUGCCCACUUCGGAGAAUCCUUUCCGGGAGAAGAAGUUCUUCUGUGCACUCCUCUGAGCUAUUCUGUCCCUUCUCACAACUCACCUUUCCCUCUCCUGGGCCCUUCCUUAGCUCAGUAACUGUCGUCAGUCCCCGAAGGUCCCUGCAUCCCCCUCCUAGCCCUUGCCCAACCCUGUGAGGUUAUCUGAAGCACAAGGCCCUCCCUCACCUAUCUUUCGACUCCGUUUCCUCGCCCACUGUGGCUAACCCCAGGCACCGACUCGGUGCUCCACUCACAGAAGGGCCAUCAGACUCUGAGAGCAUCCUGCCCCCUUCCCUCUGUGACCCGCUCAGACAAUGGUGAGAGGGAUGGGCCGGGUGCUUGCUCUCAGUCUCACCUGGAGCUAUUGGAAGGGUAAAGCCAUUUGAAGAAUAAAGUCAUCCAGAGUCUCA